AUGGAAGAAAUAAAAAAUACUCUUAUUUCUUGGUCUGCUGAAAAAGAAAAGAUACUUCUUGAGCCUUUUAAUUAUCUUUUAGCGUAUCCUGGUAAAGAAAUUAGAACUAAAUUAAUCGAUGCAUUUGAUUAUUGGCUUAAGGUUCCAAAAGAUCAAUUAAAAAUUAUAGCAAAGUUGGUAGAAAUGUUGCAUACUGCCAGUCUUUUAAUUGAUGAUGUUGAAGACGAUUCUACUUUACGACGAGGAGUUCCAGUUGCACAUUCUAUUUAUGGCAUACCUUCAACAAUUAAUUGUGCAAAUUAUGUAUAUUUUUUGGCAUUAAAUGAACUAUCGAAACUUAAUAAUUCAAAUGUUUUCCAUAUUUUUACAGAGGAAUUAUUAAAUUUACAUCGUGGUCAAGGAAUGGAGCUUUAUUGGAGAGAUACAUUUACAUGUCCAACAGAGGAAGAAUUUAUUGGAAUGUAUGCCGAUAACAAAGGGUUUUGUGAAGAUUUAACUGAAGGAAAGUUUUCUUUUCCAAUUAUACAUUCACUUCAUAAAGAUCCUAACAACAGACAAUUAUUCAAUAUAUUAAAGCAACACACAACAUCAAUUGAGUUAAAGCAUCAUGCUAUUAAACUAAUGAAAGAUACAAAUUCAUUCGAGUACACAAAGAAUUAUCUGGCAAAAACUGAAAAAGAGGCAAAAGACGAAGUUGAAAGAUUAGGCGGAAAUCCUAUGUUGGAAAAACUUAUUGAUACUUUAAGUGUUAAAGAUCAAUAG